AACAGUCAAAGUGACACUUAGUGGUUAUAUUUUUGUUGUGUGCUUUCUUUGUGAUUUGUAUUUAGCACAUUUAUUUUCCACAUUACAUUUAUUGUUAUUACAAAUAUUACUUGCAAAAAAAUAAUCAUAAUAUAAUGGCAGAUACUAAUAAGGAAACUUCUGUAACUAAGGCUCCCAUGAUAUACGUUUGUGGAGAAUGCCACAGAGAAAACGAAAUCAAACCAAGAGAUCCAAUCAGAUGUCGAGAAUGUGGUUAUCGAAUAAUGUACAAGAAAAGAACGAAAAGAUUGGUUGUAUUUGAUGCGCGAUGAAGAGGACAUGAAAUAAAAAGAGGU